AAUGUGGAUGCACACAAUCACUCAGUGUCCGCUAGACGGCUGAGUAAGGAAGGUCGUUUCUCGUGUCAGGCUCCAGUGAUCUACAUAGGACCACCUAGCAUCACUCAGCACCGGCCAGCAUCACUUGGCACCACCCAGCAAUCUCAGCACCACCUAGCACUAUGGCAGAUUCUGUCUUCACGUACGACGCCUCCACCUGGAGCGUCACGCCGGCCAUGAAGGAAGCCUACAACAAGAAUGGUUACAUCCUCGUCAGGCAGAUGUUGAACAGGAAGGAGAUCGAGAAAGUUAAGGCGGCCCUGGAGAACCCCGACGGAGUGCAGCGGUUCGCCUACACCCGCGAGGACGGCAAGAAGCGAACCAACAAGAUCGUCCUGUGGAACCAUCCCGGCCACGACAUCACCGGGGUGUUGGCCAAGACGCAGAGGGUCGCUGGAACCAUGGAACAGCUGAUGGGAGGAGACGAGGUGUAUCACUACCAUGCUAAACUCAUCAUGAAGGAAGCUAAAACUGGAGGCACCUUCCUCUGGCACCAAGACUAUGGGUACUGGUACAGGAACGGCUGCCUGUACCCCGACAUGGCCUCCGUCUUCAUACCUGUAGACGACACAGACAGAGCCAACGGGUGCCUGCAGGUGCUCAGAGGUUCACACAGGCUCGGCCGCGUCGACCACCUCGAUAUUGCUGAUCAACUUGGUGCUGACCCGGAGCGUGUUGAGCAGGCACAGAAGGUGCUGGAACACAUAUAUGUGGAGAUGAAGGCCAGGGACAUGCUGUUCUUCCACUGUAACCUCCUCCACACCUCCGACCAGAACUCCUCCGACAGGCGCCGCUGGGUCUUCAUCGUCUCCUUCAACAAGAGAUCCAACAACCCUUACAAGGAACACCACCACCCACAGUACACGCCCAUGACCAAGGUGGAAGACUCGGCCUUACUGGAGUGCGACGAGACGAAGAACCAGGAGGGCAAGUGGUUCAUGGUGCCGGGAGGACUAUUCUGUGUGGCGUAACGUACACUAGUCACUCCUGCUACUACUCCACCUACUCCUCCACGUCAACCUACUCCUCCAACCCCCCACCUGUUCCUCAACCUUACUUUACUCCUCCACCCCCAGCUACUGUUCCCUCACCUCCUCCACUAGUAUCUCCACCUACUCCUCCACCUUCACCUACUCCACCUCCUUCACUAGCACCUCC